AUGGUAUCAGAGCCAGCUGUGUAUAUUAUCAAUAGAGUGCCAUCCACUGUGCUUGGUAACAAGUCACCUUUUGAAUUGUUGUAUCACAGACAGCUUUCUCAAUCUCAUUUAAGGAUCAUAGGGUGCUUAUGCUUUGCUUCAUUAUUGCCUAAAACUGAUAAGUUUGGGCCUCGAACUGUGAAGUGUGUGCUAUUGGGGUAUGCAGCACUCCAGAAAGGAUAUAAACUUCAUGACCUUGAGCACAAUGUAUAUUUCAUCAGCAGAGAUGUAACCUUCUUUGAAGAUGCUUUUCCUUUCCAGAAUCCAAAGGAGGGAACUGACCAAUCCUUCCUAGAUGAUUUGAAUAUGAGAACACUCUAUGAUCAUAGUACUGCAGAUCAUGAGUUUCCAGAAUUGAGUAUACCACCUGUUGAGGUUGCUAGAAAGUCAAGCAGAACUUCUAAACCUCCCAUUUGGCUCAAGGAUUAUGUAACAGCUGACAAAGGUACACAAAGUAACAGUUGCAGAUAUCCAAUAGCUGCUGUCAUAGGCUAUGAUCAACUGUCACCCAAGUAUCAAAGUUACUUAUCUCAAUUCUCUUCAGAACAGGAACCUAAUAGCUACUAUGAAGCUGCAAAGGAUAAGAGGUGGAUUGAGGCUAUGCAGGCAUAA